AUGUCUGGCGCUAAAGUGCUGCUGUUCCUGCAGAGCCUGUCUCGGAGGAAGCCUCUGGAGCCUGACGGCGAAGUGUCAAACUUCCGGCGAUGCCUGACCACCCUCGACCUGGUGGCUCUUGGGGUGGGCAGCACGCUGGGCGCCGGCGUCUAUGUGCUUUCGGGAGAAGUGGCUCGAACUGUGGCCGGGCCGAGCAUCAUAAUCUCUUUCUUGAUAGCAGCCGUGGCCUCCAUCUUUGCUGGACUGUGCUACGCUGAAUUUGGAGCUCGUGUUCCCAAAACUGGCUCUGCCUAUCUCUACAGCUAUGUGACUGUGGGGGAGAUAUGGGCUUUUAUCACUGGCUGGAACCUGCUGCUGUCUUAUAUUAUAGGGACGUCAAGUGUUGCCCGGGCGUGGAGUGGGACCUUCGACGAGCUCAUCGGAAGUGUCAUUGCUAACUCUUUGGGCAAACAGGCUGCCAUGAAUUUACCUGGAUUGGCUCCCUACCCAGAUUUCUUUGCGGCUGGCCUCAUAAUACUUUUGGCUGGGAUUCUUGCAUUUGGUGUUAAAGAGUCGGCCAUUGUAAACAAAGUUUUCACAGCUGUUAACAUCCUGGUAUUGCUCUUUGUUAUUCUCUCUGGAUUCAUAAAAGGGGACAUAAACAACUGGUACACAGAUGAAGAUACUCUUCAAAAUGGACAUGAAAACUUUACCUCUUUGAAUGACACCAACAGAAUUGGAGCAGGGGGAUUUUUCCCCUUCGGCUUUUCGGGUACAUUAGCUGGAGCGGCCACUUGCUUUUAUGCAUUUGUUGGAUUUGACUGCAUUGCCACAACAGGAGAGGAGGUGAAGAACCCCCAGAAGUCAAUCCCACUUGGGAUCGUGGUAUCCCUGCUCAUCUGCUUCCUGGCUUAUUUUGGUGUCUCUGCUGCUCUCACUCUUAUGAUGCCUUACUAUUUGCUCAGCGUUAACAGCCCACUGCCGGUGGCUUUUACAUACAUCGGUUGGGGCCCUGCAAGGUAUGCAGUGGCUGUGGGAUCCCUGUGUGCACUUUCAACAAGCCUGCUCGGAUCAAUGUUCCCGAUGCCUCGUGUUCUCUUUGCCAUGGCCAGAGAUGGACUGCUCUUCAAAGCUCUCAGUAAACUGAGUGACAGGCAGAGUCCUGUCAUAGCUACACUGGCUUCAGGAGUCGUGGCAGCUAUCAUGGCCCUGUUGUUUGACCUGAAGGUGCUGGUUGACAUGAUGUCAAUUGGAACUCUCUUUGCCUACACACUUGUGGCCAUAUGUAUUCUCAUAUUAAGAUACCAAGCUGACCACAGUGAUGAUUCAAGUUUAAACACAGCUGAACCCUUCUCAGUUGGUGGAUUGUUAUUCCCUCCUUCCCAAGCCACCACAAGGACAGCUAAGAAUGUAUCUCUUUUAGCUGUUUUCAUGAUCUUGGUAGUGAUCCUCCUAAGCGUCUUCAUAUCUGAGGCCAUCGACUCCCUUCAGGCGCUUCAGUGGUGGAGUUUGCUUUGUGUGUCUGUUAUAACACUGACACUUGUCCUCAUUGCUGUGAUCAUCUGGAAACAACCCCAGAGUACGGCUACAGCUGCUUUUAUGGUUCCAUUUGUGCCCUUGCUUCCUAUUUUUAGCACCUUAGUCAACAUCUACCUUAUGGUUCAACUUGAAUCAGACACCUGGAUGCGCUAUGCAGUAUGGAUGGCAGUAGGCUUAAUCAUCUACUUUGGCUAUGGUGUCCAGCACAGUGUGCAGAAACAGAGGCUUGAAAAUUCAAACAAUCGAGUCAGCAUCCACACCAUCACCACUUCUCUGGAUCAAAAAGAUGAACUCGAUCAAGAUUUGAACGAACAAGUGAUGUGA